AGUAAAAAAAAAAUUAUCACGAUAACAAACGGUGGACACAAUGUUAGUUUAACAUUAUUAUCAGAAAUCAAUAAAGGCUUAUUUCUUUGGAAUGCUGAAGCUGAUUUAGAAUGCCACUGUUUCGACGCAAAACCUCUGAGAGCAAAGCGAAGUCACCAAGUUCUGGGUCAGGGCUGAUACGAACACCAUCCAACAGAUCCAACAAAAGUUCUCCACACUCACCCACAUCACCAGACUCAUGGGGGGAUGAAAAUGAUAUGGGUGUAUCACAGAAUCUCCACAAUGGAAGUAUUCCAUGGGAGCACAGGCCUAAAACACUUAUACUCUCUGAUUCUGUUCUUCAAGAAGGUCAAGAUAUACCUGAAGGGGCCCUGGAGUCACCGCUGAGAAAUUCUUCUCGGCUGUCAAAAACGCUGCAGGAGAUUUUACGCGACAAGCAUGCCUUAUCAUGUUUCAAAUCAUUCAUGCGAAGCCAGGCAGCCGAGCAUAUCAUACAGUUCUGGUGCGAUGCAGAGUCUUUCCACGCCUCGACACUUAUGCGCCUUCGUACUCACUCUCUGCAGAGCAUCUCCAAAAGCUCUCUUCACAAACGACGCUGUCUCAGUGACAGCAAUAGGGCGGAUAACUCUAGUUCAGGUUCUAGCCUAGUUUCUCCUGGCGUGAAUUCCCUCCCCUCACCCAACACGGAUGCACCAAGUGGGGACCUGCACCUGAUUAGAGUUAAAGAGCACGAUCAAAAUAAAACUGAAAAUUGUACAGAUUUAAAAUCUUCGCAACCUGACAGUAUAGUUUCACAAACAACAGAAUCUAGUGAAAUAAUUGUAACCAACGAGGAACUCAAAGACUCGUCUCCAUGUGAAUUAGAAGAAAACACCAGCUUAAAUAACAAACCUCAAGAAAAGUCUGUGUCAGACUCGGUGCCGGUACUUAAAAUCUGUGAUAAGAACUUGCCCACUUCCUUAAGUGUGACAACCCAUGGGGAUGGUGGCAACCAUGUUGUAUUGAACCAUGAACUUUCACCCUCCCAGCAGUAUGAGGUGCUAGAGAAUGAAAGCCUAGAGGACCAAGCAACACCUUCAGAAAGCAGCAGUGAAGACAUUGGGACAAAGCUUAAAAAAAGUAUAGAGAGAGAUGCUGUGACCAUAUUUUCUAAUUACAUUGCCAAAGAUGCACCAAAACCAAUAGGAGUGGAUGACAGUCUACGUGCUGAAGCUAUUAGCAAAAUUUGUAAAGAAAAUGGUGAGGUGGACCCAGAGUGUUUCAUCUCCUGUCAGAACUUUGUGUUAAAUAAACUUGAUUCAGAGUAUUACGAGUCUUUCAAAGACAGUGAAUUCCACUGCCGGCACCAGGUCCAUGUUUUGACAACAGAAAAAGUUUUCCUGCCAGACAUUCUGCUCAAUGAGAACGCCUUAUGUUAUUUCAUGGAGUUUAUAGAACAAGAAGGGGCCAGUGACUUAAUGCAGCUGUGGCUAGCUGCUGACAACUUUCAGCAACAGCUGACCAUCACAGGUGGUCAGUAUGAUGGAGAGCAGGCCCAGGUUGAUGCCAUGGUUAUAUAUGACAGAUACUUCUCCCUGCAAGCAACACACCCAGUUGGUUUUGAUGACAAACUAAGGUUUGAGAUUGAAGGCAAUAUCUGCAGGGAAGGUGGACCUCUACCUGACUGCUUUGUUAAAGCCAAGAAUAUUGUCUUGAAAAUAUUAGAGAAGAUGUAUUUCUCCAACUACCUAAAAAGUCAAGUCUACUACAGAUACUUGUCUGAUCUCAUUAGCACUGUCCAGAUGUCGGAAGAUAUGCCCACUAAACCUUAUAAGCACAAGAGAACAGAGAGCGACGCAUCAUCUGAGCACAGCGCAGGCAGCCACAGCACUGGUGCUGAGAGUGUUGUCUCACGUAACACACUGCUGGCCGUUGACACACGUAAGCUGCGUAAGGUGGGGACCAUUGAGGGUGACUUUAGCAUGAACAUGGACAUGUUGAACCCUGAUGAUCUGUGGAAGAGGCCGGUUGCCAAAACUGAUUCUUCCCUUGGCAGCAGUUUGAUCCUUGGGUCUGUCAACCAGCUUGGGCAGUUUGUCUCACACUUUGAACACGACGUCGAGGCUGAGAAAAAGAAAGGGCCUAUACUUUUUAAAAGAAGAAAAGAAAAAGAAAAGGAGGAAGAGGAAAUGGCGUUAAGAAUAGCUCAGAUGAUCAUCUCAGAUGUCAACACAAUGACCAAGACAGGUGAGAACAUGAUGAAGAAAAGCUGACAUCCUAUUUAGCUGUGUACAGAAACCCUGACAUCCCCUUUUAGCUGUGUACAGUAAGACUGACACCCAAUUUACUUAUGUACAGAAAGGCUAACGUCACAUUCUGGCUGUGAAAAGAACUGACCUUCCGUUAUUGCAAAGAAUAGAAAGGCAGGCUUGCCAUCUUGGCUCUGAAAGUAAAGCCGACUUGCCAUUUUGGCUGUGAAAAGGACAGACAUCCAACUUUGGCUGUGAUUUCUCGCAUCCACCCAAAAUGUUAUUAAUAGGCAGACUACAAUCUACUCACAUAAACAUUAACCAAUGUAAAUAGUGGCUAUUUAUAGACCAUCCAACAAAACCUAUGCCCUAUAUUGUGUAGAUGUUCAUUGAUGGGAAGAUAACUCCAAAAGACCAACCCAAAGUUGUUUCCCCUGCAAGUUUGUUGUUUGUAAAUAUCUUCACAGAGUCCUUCAGAAUAACCUGCAGCAUUUAUGAUGGUUGUUGAUUUCUAGUGUGGUUUUUUAAAUAUUAUUUUUUGCUUUACUGUAUUUGAAGUGAUUUAAUUAAUAUUCUUUUAAUGUGAUUGUACAACAAACUGGUGUACACCAGUUGAAAUGUUAUGAAGAUGUGAAUCAAAUUCUGUUUUUAAAUUUGGUGACUGUUAUGUAAGAAAAUAAACCCCGAGCUUCCUGGUGUGACUAGGUAGAUAGGUAUAUGAAAGGUGUAGGUGAGCACUAGGUAGAUAGGUAUGUGAAAGGCGUAGGUGAGCACUAGGUAGAUAGGUAUGUGAAAGGUGUAGGUGAGCACUAGGUAGAUAGGUAUGUUAAAGGCGUAGGUGAGCACUAGGUAGAUAGGUAUGUGAAAGGCGUAGGUGAGCACUAGGUAGAUAGGUAUGUGAAAGGUGUAGGUGAGCACUAGGUAGAUAGGUAUGUGAAAGGUGUAGGUGAGCACUAGGUAGAUAGGUAUGUGAAAGGUGAGCGUUGUGCUGGUAUGGAGGCUGGUGGAAGUGUGAGCCAGCUUGUGAAUCGUGGACUGCUUGGAAAAACAUAUUAGUAAAUUUAAAGUUGAGUCAGUAGUUUCACUAUCAGUAUUGUAACCCAGGGUGUCACCCCCCCUUUUUUUUUUAUAUGGUGUCACCCUGUGCCUACUGAUGAAUAGAACUUUUCUAAAUUAAUAAACUAAUUCACUGAAAAGCAGAAUUUCUCAUUAAAGUUUGCUAUUUUUUGUUGUGGUUUCAUUCUCUUGAAUGGUAUCACCGGGUGUGUCCACCCCCUCCCUCCCCGCCUUGUGACACUAGUUAGUGGAUUAAACUAGACAGAUAAAAACAGGGUAGUUUAAUGUUUUUUAAAACAAUUUUUACUUAACCAACCAAAGAGAGUCAAGCAUGUCUGGAUUUUGAUGACUUAAAGUUGGGGGCGAAGUUGAUUCUGGUUUUUGUUCAGUCUUCUUCAUCUGAAUCAGCCAUCUGUGACCAAAGCUAGUACUCUCACGAUUUAAUCUUGUUAUUUCCUCACAAAGAAUAUUAGUGUGUGUGUGUGCGUGUUAGAACACUCUGACCAAUCCAAUGUAAUCAAAGUAUUUAACAAUGUAACCCAAUCCGAUCCAGUGUAUGGAUACUUUAAGGGUUAGUUCUUUUGUAAAAUACAUGUUGAAAGAGCUCAUGCAACAUAAUUCAGCCUAACUGGCUUGUUAUAUUAGGACUAUUUUUUAAAAAAUUAUCUCAAACUUUUAAAACUUUUGAGCAAAUAUCUUCAUAAAUUUUUCUUCUAGACUUGAUACUGUGUACCAGUUUGUGCUGAUUUCAUCAAAAUAUGUGCACUCAUAAGAAAAUAUGCACACAUUUACAUCAGCUAGAGAAAUUUGAAUGCCAAUUUGUAUGCUAAUUAAUUCACUAAUUCCUAUCAGGUUGCGUGGCUUACUAAGGUCCACUGGUAGCAAAUUAUAUGGGCCCACAUAGGACUGCUAUGUUGGUGCUGAUAGCACUAUUCCAGUCACCAGGACUU